GGCGAGCGAGCUAAGAGGUUUUGAGGUUCCUGCAAACUAUUUGGAAACUGACAGAGAUUUCCAGCUAGAGAUGGUGGUGAUGAAUAGCUUGAGGGUCAUUCUUCAAGCCUCUCCAUGCAAAUCACCGUGGAGAAGUUUCCAGGUUCUGCGGUCCACGCCAGUGAGGCCCUGCAGUCUCUACACCUGCACUUAUAAAAGCCGGAACCGAGCCUUGCAUCCACUCUGGGAGAGUGUGGACCUGCUUCCUGGGGGUGAUCGACAGUCACCCAUCAAUAUCCGGUGGAAGGAUAGUGUUUAUGAUCCUGGCUUAAAACCCCUCACCAUCUCUUAUGACCCGGCCACCUGCCUCCACAUCUGGAAUAAUGGGUACUCUUUCCUUGUGGAAUUUGAAGAUUCUACAGACAAAUCAGUGAUUGAAGGAGGACCCCUGGAACACAUCUACAGACUGAAGCAGUUCCAUUUUCACUGGGGGGCAAUUGAUGCCUGGGGCUCUGAGCACACUGUGGACAGCAAAUGCUACCCAGCAGAGCUGCACUUGGUACAUUGGAAUGCAGUCAAGUUUGAAACCUUCGAGGAUGCUGCACUGGAAGAAAAUGGUUUGGCUGUGAUAGGAGUAUUUUUAAAGCUAGGCAAACAUCAUAAAGAGCUACAGAAGUUGGUGGAUACUUUGCCAUCAAUUAAGCAUAAGGACACCCUUGUGGAAUUUGGGUCAUUUGACCCUUCCUGCAUGAUGCCUGCCUGCCCGGAUUACUGGACCUACUCCGGGUCUCUGACUACCCCGCCCCUCUCUGAGUCUGUCACCUGGAUCAUUAAGAAGCAGCCAGUAGAGGUUGAUCAUGAUCAGCUUGAGCAAUUUCGGACCUUGCUUUUCACUUCUGAGGGGGAGAAAGAGAAAAGAAUGGUGGACAACUUUCGCCCCCUUCAGCCCUUGAUGAAUCGUACUGUCCGCUCAUCCUUCCGCCAUGAUUACGUGCUGAAUAUACAAAAGAACCCCAAGACAAUUGCCAGCCAAAUGACUCCCUAAGAUGUUCAUAUCUAGGCAACAUUUUACUUUAAUACAUAUUAGCUUUAAAAAA